AUGAAGUUCAGACCCUACGACAUACUGGUCAAGAAAACGUCCGACAGAGAUAUCAUUAUGUUCAAAUUGAAGAGUUCAGAUACUAUCAAGCAUCUCAAGGCCAUGAUCCAGUGCGUGGAAGGCGUGCCGGUGGAGCGACAAACCCUAGUUUACAAUGGCAAAGUGCUGGAUCGUGACAACGAAACCCUAGCAGCGUGCAAUGUUGAAAGCUGGUCUACUGUUCAUGCAAUCUUUUGUUCUGAGAAAAUCAAUCCCAAAGUUGAUGGUGUGAGUAUCCAUGUCAAGGUGCCGGGCUGGGGACCUGUUUUGGUGGACAUAAAACCGUGGUUUACUGGCCGGGAGAUUAAGGCGGUGACAGAGAGCGUGGUAGGGUUUGGUUUGGACGAUUUCGUGGUGAGCCACGGUGAGGAGUUUGUAGAGGAUUGCACGAGGAUUAGUGAGUGCAAUCUCAAUAAGAACCUUUGUUUUACGUUGUUGCCGGUAGGGAAUAGAUUUCCGAUUAUCGCCCGUGGUUGCGGUUGGGAAGAAUUGAUAUCGGUGAGUGAAUUGGAUACCGUUCGUGAUUUGAAGGAGAUUGCUGGAAAGUUUGCUGAAGUGCAACUUGACAAACUAUGGCUUUUUCAUGGUGGCCAUAUGGCUUAUCUUGAUGAUGAUGAGAAAACCCUAGGGUUUUACCAUGUGAACAAGAGAUCAACGAUUUGGGUGUUCGGUUCUUCUUCGAAACUGUCCAUCAAAAUGCCGCAGGUUGGAGAAACGAUCGCGCUUAGCAUCUACAAGGUCAGUUCCAUAAUGGACAUCAAGCAAUAUAUUUGUGAGAAGAUGGGGAUCCCAUGUACAAGUCAGAAACUUUUUUACAAGGGGCAGUUGCUUGAUGAGGCUGAGUGCCUGAAAACCUACAACAUGGAAAGGAAUUGUGUUGUUUAUGCAGUUUUUCGGUGUGGCGAUCAAGCUGAAGAAGUUGAAGAAACAAGUUUAACAUUUCGGAAGACACAGAGAAACUCGAAAGAAUACCUGGUGAGGCACUCCCAUUUCCAAGAACCGGAAAGAAAACCAGACCCAAAACCAGUGUACGAUGAGGAUUCAUUUGAAAUCAAGUUAAGUUCUUCGCAUACGAUUUAUGAUGUCAAGGUAAUAGUUGAGAGCAUGCUAGACCUCCCAAUUAGUGACCAACAACCAUACUGUCACGGCGAAACGCUAAACGAUUGGGAAGUCAUAUCGGAUUGCAACGUUACAAAUUGGUACUUUUCCAGCUCUCCAUUAACAAUCUACGUCCGAACACCCGAUGUUACCGCACUGGGACUUCCAGCUAAGAGUUCGGACAUCAUUGACGAUGUUUGGAUCCCCCCACCAAUGAUUGAAGAAGUUAACGGGCAGCCAUGUCUCUUCCUUGAUGGCACUCGCCUCAUGGGCACAAAAACACUAGCUCAGUACGGCAUACAGUCAGGUGCGGAUUUAUUGUUAGACUGUUUGGUGCAGAUCAACGUGACGGGGCCAGACGGUACAAUCACUAAGGUGGAUGUGAACCCUUCUCACAUAAUCAAGGCAGUGAAAGAGAAGAUUGAAGAAAUAUGUGGCAUCCCAUAUGGGAUACAAAGCCUUACUUAUGGUGACGAGGAACUUGACGACAACAUGACUAUUGGGCAGUAUGAGGCGCUGUUCGGCAGUCUAUGGGCGCUAAGGUGGAAGUUUUCUCGUAGUUCUUGGUCGUUCUUUUGGCCUUCAACAAUGCACUGCACUGCUGACUAG